AACACGAUGAUGAAUCCCCAAUAUAAUCUUCCAGGUGUCAUGCGGCCCAUGUCUUCUAAAUUGUUUGUGGACUCUGCGUUUCCUGCCAGUGUUUCCUCUCUGGUGCGUGGCCGUGGCACUCCACUCUCGUCUCUCUGCGACAGCAUUACAUGGCUGAGACCACAGGAAAUCUGUACUUCCCCACGAUUAUUUCCAGAAAAUCCAAGAGAUGGUUUGGGUAAACAGGGGAUUCUGGGUGACUGCUGGUUUAUAUGCGCCUGCUCAGCACUGCAAAAACAUGAAAGACUUCUCAAUCAGGUAUUUCCUAUUAGUCAGCCGAUUUGGACUGAUCCUCGGUACUUGGGCCAGUUUACUUGCCGGUUUUGGCAUUUUGGGCGUUGGGUGGAAGUGACCAUUGAUGACAGAUUACCAUGUCUGGGACACAAGCUAUGCUUCUCUCAUUGCCAUGACCAGGAUUCAUUUUGGCUACCUCUGCUUGAGAAGGCAUAUGCCAAACUACAUGGCUGCUAUGAGGCUCUUUGGGCAGGGCAGGUGGCAGAUGCCUUGGUGGAUUUGACAGGAGGACUGGUUGAAAGGUGGCCUUUAGGAGUGGGAGAGGACAGUAACCAGGAACAGAUGUUCAACAGGAUGCUUGAGCUGAAAGAUACAUGUUCACUGAGCUGUUCUGUACUCCACUGCAGAGAAGGAGCUGCAGAGUUGGGUGAAUUCCAUGCUUUCACAAUCACAGAUAUCAAAUGGGUUGUAACAAAUGGAAGUCAGAAACUCUUGAUGCUUCGUGUUCACAACCCUUGGGGGAGAAGCACAUGGGGUGGAUACUGGGGCAAAAGUGGUGAAGGAUGGUGUGUGAUAUGCCCUGAAGUCAGUUCCCAACUCCAGUCUCAGAUACAAGAAGGGGAAUUUUGGGUGGAAAAAACUGAAUUUAUGCAGGAAUUUAAUGAAGUCACAGUUGGGUUCCCUGUCAGUGAAGACGGUUACGUUCUUAGUAUUUGGACAGAUUUCCCUCUGAUCUACACCCAGCAAAUGUAUGGUUCUUGGGUUAAGGGUCAGAGUGCUGGUGGAUCCCGUAACAAUGCCAGCUUUUCCAAUAACCCCAAAUUUUGGCUGCGGGUGAGAGAACAUAGUGAGGUGUAUCUGGUGCUGAUGCAAAGGCCACAUCAUGUUUCACAAGCAAUUCCUAAAAUCGGUGGUGUUCCACAGAAAGAAACCGAGCCAAACAAAGAUACUCUCCAUGCUGUGGGACUCCAUGUCUGGAAGGUAGAGAAACGAAAGUUUAAUCUGAAAAAAACCCUCUUAUCCCCUCCAGUGGUUGGGACCUCUUCUCAUUCAUAUGAUCGGCAGUUUCACCUGCACUGUGACUUGUCGCCAGGAUAUCACCUUCUCGUUCCUAGCACUUUCCUCAGAGAUACAGAGGGAAACUUUCUAUUGCGGGUCGUGUCUACUGGUCAGGUCACUCUCAGUGAGAUGGUUCCUGCACAUCCUGUGGUUCCAGUCCGUGAAGAUGUGACCCAAGGGAACUGGGAUAUCUUAAAAAUACAGGGGGAGUGGAAGAAGGGUAAGAGUUCUGGUGGCAGCAGGAACUUUCCUUCUUACCAUCUGAAUCCAUCUCUUCCUUUCAAUGUACCAAGUGGAUGCCGGGUAGUGAGAGUGACUCUGCAGCAGCAUUGUCAGGAGGAUAAAUGCCUCGCAAUUGGGUUCCAUGUGUACAAGGUCCCAAAUGAUAAGCAUGUGUCCCUACUUUCUGGGAAGCCAUGUGCAAGUUGUGUACCUCACUGUCACUCUCUGGAAGUGUCCCAGUCCUAUGCCCUAACCCCUGGGCAGUACAUUCUUGUGCCUUCCACAUAUCUACCAGACCAGGAAUCUGGCUUCACUGUGACCAUCUCUACAAAGAUCGACAGGAAACCAAUUCAGAGCCAAGAAACACUGGGACCAAUCCUGAAAGAGGUCUGUGUUGUAACUGUGAUGAAGUAGGAAACUAAAUAUAUGUUCACCUUGCCUGUAUUGGUGCUAUCUAUCCUCUGUACAGCCGAAUAACUGAAUUCUAUGCAUAUAUGUGAGUUGUCACGCAUAUUUAUGUGGGUUUGUGACAUUUGUACAUUUGCAACAUGUUAGUAUAAUUUCUAUGAAAUAAAGUAAAUUAUGUAUUUUUGCAAAA